GAGCACGCGUGUGGGCCAUAAGAUCUGUGAAAGAGGAUGAGUGGUCUCAUCUCUAGCGUAUCUUGGGUCAAACGAGGUGUAUCUGCUCGCUAUCCAAACAAAUAUGUUCUCGACGAAAAGGAGCUAGAACGUGUUAGCGCAUUGGCGCGUAUCGAGCUGGAGGAUGCGCGAACAGAGCUCGAGCGCGCUCAUGAGGCAGCCAAGUCGAUGGGACGUGGUGCAGAAGGCGAUGAAGCAGACGAUGCAGAUGAUGAAAAUGCGUGGGUAGACGAUGACAAUGAUGCUAUGGAUACAGAUCAAGAUCCUCCGGCGGUGCCAAAGGAGAAAAAGGAUGACGAUCUAUCAGAAUACAAACUCGAUGAAUAUGAUAACGAGGCAAAAGUAUCUGGUACGGGUCCAUUUAGUAACAUCAAGGGGCUCACAUAUUAUCGCGAUAACGACGAAGAUCCCUAUAUCACAUUCAAAGAAGAAGAAGACGACGAGCGAGAAGAUCUCGAAGUGUUACCCACUGACAAUCUCUUGGUAGCCGCAAAAACCGAGGACGAGAUAUCUCAACUGGAAAUCUAUGUCUAUGAUGAAUCGCAAGAAAAUCUCUACAUACACCACGACCUUAUGCUUCCCAAUUUCCCUCUCUGCCUCGAAUGGCUUGACUUCCCACCUGCUUCAUCGUCCACACCUUCCGAUACAUCAACAAAACAGUUUGGCAACUACAUUGCCGUGGGUACGAUGGACCCUGAGAUCGAAAUUUGGUCUCUAGACGUUGUCGAAGCUAUGUACCCAGACAUGGUCCUCGGUCGCCCGGAUAAAACCGCCGCUCACAUACCAACUCCAGUGGGAACAGGCAAGAAAAAGCGCAAAAAGAUGAAGCAGCGUCCCUUAUCUGACUUACAUCACGUGGACGGUGUUCUUUCGAUCUCGUGGAAUAAAACGCAUCGCAAUAUGCUGGCAUCGGGAUCGGCAGACAAAACAGUGAAGCUUUGGGACUUGAGUCGUGGCUCUGCGACCAACAGCGAAGAGGGUUCGGCUGCUGCUAGCGCUAUACGAAGCUUUGCCGUACACAAAGAUAAAGUCCAGGCUGUUCACUGGAAUGAAAAAGAGCCUACUGUGCUAUUGUCUGGAAGCUAUGAUCGUACAGUCAGAACAUUUGAUUCCAGAGCACCUGAUGCUGGUGUCGGUGCUGUCCUCGGUGCUGACGUCGAAGCAUUGCGAUGGGACCCUUGGGAAUCUCAUGCAUUUUAUGUGUCGUUGGAAAAUGGCCUAGUCCUUAAUUUCGACGCUCGGACACUACCAUCAAACCUCAAUUCUCCCUCGCCAUCCCGUUUCACAUUAUCCGCACAUGAUGGUGCUGCAUCUGCGCUGGACGUGAAUCCUCACAUUCGCGGGUGUCUUUGCACAGGUGGAGCAGACAAACUGGUCAAAGUGUGGAAUGUAGAAGCAGCACCUGAUGGGAAGCCCAAUGUCAGCAUGGUGGCCUCGCGUGACCUUGAAGUCGGGAAAGUUUUCUCUGCUGUCUUUUCACCUGACGACCCAUUAACCGUGGCUGCUGCCGGAACAAGGGGUAAACUGCAAAUCUGGGACAUUGGUUCCAACUUUGGAGCAAGGAAGACAUUCGCAUCAAAACUGGCAGAGGCUGGACGCAUAUUGAAAGAAAAGGAGGGUGGUGGAAUCGUUGGUGUUGUUGAUGAAGCUGAUGAUGACAGCGAUGGCGAAGACUAA